AUGUUUCACUUGACAAAAAUUGGUGUGCAACUCCACUCACCCGAAAGGGGUGUCCACUUACGUGCCCUCCACCCCAAGUGUGACGGGGGCAUUUCUCUGCCGGGGAAGCAGCCUCCAAAAUACCCAACCCAGCGCGAGAAAUCACUACCUCGCCCGGGGACGUGGCAAGCGGCGGCCUUGGAGCAACCCCCGGCGCCCGCAGCCCUCGGCGCCCGCGGCAGGAAGGCCGGCCCGGCCCCGCAGAGGGGCGCGGGCCCGCGGGGUCCUCGCGGAGACGCGCUCCAGCGCGGACGGAGCCCACCGCGCGCGGGCGGCAUCCCGGGAAGCCAUUGCUCCCGCCGCCGCCCGCCGCGGCGUUCGGGGCCCACCGCCUCAAGGCUUCGUCGGCCGCCCACGCCGGCCCUUCCGCCGCCGCUCGCAGCCCGCGGGUCCCCGGCGCCGGGAGCUCCCGGCCGGGCCACUUACCCGCCGGCCUCGCGCCCCUCGCGCCCUCCGCCGCCUCGCCCCGCAGGCCGCGCUCCCGGCCCCGCCCGCCCGCGGCCCCGCCCCGCGCGACGCCAGGGCGGGCGGAGUCUCGGGCCGAGGCCGGGCCCCCCUCCCCGCCGCGGCGCGCCCAUGGCUGACUCGGCGCGGGCCCGGGCCGGCGGCCUCCGGGCCCGGUCUCCCCGCGCCUCCCGAGGAACCGCAGGUAGGACGGGCCUCCCGCCACGUUUGCGCGUGAAGAACGAGCCCCGGCUGGGUCCCCAGCGGAGGCGCGCGGGGCCCGCCCGGAAAGGGGCGGGCUCGGGCGGAGAAGGCCCGACGCUUCCUGCGGAGCCCCCGGCCGGCGCCGCUCGGCCAGGACUUCCCCCUGCCUGGGCUGUGCCCUGUUUCUGA